AUGUUACGCGGUGGGUGUAAACCACGAAAUACCUAUAUAAAAGAAUUUUCGAUUUUAUCUUAUAAGCUAUACGCCGAUGAAGACCAAGAUGUUAACCUUGUGGAUGAGGUGAAAGAAUCCAAAGAGGACAAACAAGGCUACGACUCUUUGGAGAAGCUUCACGGUCUAACAGUGUUGGAAGAUGACAAUCAAUUAGGUGACGACGAAGACCUAUUUGAUGGAGAGGAUGACGCGGAAAGCGGUGAUUGGUACCCCGAUUACGAUAGGAGACGGGAAAGAGUAGGAACGACCAACAUGGUCCGUCUAACACCAGAUGACUUCAUGGGAGUGGUGGAAGGGGUCGACGUCGGUGGAAACUUGAACGAGAUAAAGCGACUUCUCAAUGAGAAUCCGGAGAUUAAGGAAAUUGCUCUGCCAACAUUGCCAAACUAUACGCGCAAGCCGACAACAGAAGCAGCACAGAAGUCAGAGGCCACAACGGAAAAGCAAAGCGGACGCGAUAAGCGGAGCGUCUUCCCCGAUUCACCAGCUGACGCGAUUUCUCCAGUUACUGCGCCGAAAUUCAUGUCAAAAUCUGAGGAAAGGCGAAAGACCAAGAAAUUUACACCACCACCAGAUGCAACCGUAAAGAUGGCCCUGCACACCGUCUCAAGAACAGCGAGGAACAGUGAAGGCGAGGAGGAAGGACAAAGGAGGCCAUUCAUCGCUGCACAUUUCCACGGAAACACUUCUCAUCUUAGCCCAGAGAUCCACGAACACUUCAAAGGCAAUGGCUUAGUCCGCGUGGCGCACGGGGCACCCCAUGACGUCUGGUAUCCCUCGCCUUGGACCAUUGCGUCUCCACAUCCUCGACCCACGCUCACGAGGACCGGUCACGUGCAUGUCCACCAUACCGGGGUUUAUCUCGUAUACGUUCAGAUCUACUAUCUCGAUAGCCACGACAUAAUAUCGUGGGUGUUACAUCGCACUAACCCCUACAUGGAGGGACGGGACACGCUCCUACAAUGCGCCCAGACCUCGCACUCCGCGGAACCAAUGGAUAGACCUAACUCUUGCUUCUCAGCAGCGGCUCUGUUCCUCAGAGCUGGUGAUAAGCUGGCAGUGCGGAACACUGGUGGUGACAGACACUCGCUGAUGCAGCCAGAGAAGAGUUUUAUAGGUCUAGUUAAAUUGGCAGACGCGGAUGAACCGAUUGAGGAGUUGUAG